CCCACGCUGCCACGCAUGCUGCGGGCUGCGGGCUGCGGGAGGAGGCUUCUGGGAGUUGUAGUUGUUGCUGGUGGGCGCCGUCGGUAAGGAGACGUAGCUUUCCGUGCGGUCCGCUCCUGCAGUUGGUUAUCGGCGGCCGCGGGCAGGGAUGGACGCCUCCUGGCGCCAGGUGGCCGGGGGCCGAGGCCGUGCCCGUGGACGGGCCACCGCAGUCCCCUCUGGAAAUGGAGCCCCUCUCCGCGGCGCCGGAGGAGGGCGAGAGAAGGGGUCCGGGAGCUCGGUGCGCGUGGGUACCAGCCCCAGCGGAGCUGCCACCUGGGAGGCUGCAGGUCGCCGGCAACGCUCGGCGGGAGGCGAAGCGCCCCCCUCGGGGGCCAGUGAGCUAAUGUCUCAGAAGAAAUUUGAGGAAAUCAAGAAGGCUAAUCAAGCUGCAGCCAAAAAACUUGUUGAGGAACACGUUAGCUCUUCAUCUGAAGAAGAAGGAGAUGAAGAUUUUGAAGGAAAACAAGGGAAAAUAGUUGCUAAUACAUUUAUAACAUAUACUACUCACACAGAUGGAGAUAUCCAUGAAUUGGAGCGAACGAAACAGUACCUACAUGAAGCUUUUCAAGCAGGGGCUAUGACAUGCUUAAUUUGUAUUGCUUCAGUGAAGAGAAACCAAGCAGUUUGGAGCUGUUCAGGAUGUUUCUGUAUUUUCCAUAUGCCCUGUAUUCAGAAGUGGGCCAAAGACAGCCAAUUUCUUGUAUCUUCUUUAAUGGAUGAUGAUUUUGGAAAGAAAGAUUAUCCUUGGCCUUGUCCAAAAUGUAGGUUUGAAUACAAACGAUCAGAAACACCUAGUAGGUACUAUUGCUAUUGUGGAAAAGUAGAAGAUCCACCUUUAGAUCCAUGGCUUGUGCCUCAUUCCUGUGGCCAAGUAUGUGACAGAGAAUUUAAACCUCCUUGUGGCCAUAAGUGUUUGCUACUCUGCCAUCCAGGUCCCUGCCCUCCUUGUCCAAAGAUGAUUACAACUACUUGUUACUGCAAGAAAGCAAAACCUAUCCCCCGUAGAUGCAGUGCCAAGGAGUGGUCGUGUCAGCUGCCCUGUGGGCGGAAGUUGCUUUGUGGGCAACAUAAGUGUGAAAAUCCUUGUCAUGCAGGAAAUUGUCAGCCUUGUCCAAGAGUUAGUAGACAAAAAUGUGUGUGUGGCAAAAAAGUAGCUGAACGAAGCUGUGCAAGUCCCCUGUGGCACUGUGACCAAGUAUGUCGAAAAACACUGCCAUGUGGUAAUCAUACAUGUGAGCAAGUUUGUCAUGUUGGUACUUGUGGAGAAUGUCCUCGAUCUGGGAAGAGGUCCUGUCCAUGUCAGAAAUCAAAGUUUUCUUUGCCUUGUACAGAAGAUGUACCAACUUGUGGAGAUAGCUGUGACAAAGUGCUGGAAUGUGGAAUCCAUAGAUGUUCCCAGCGUUGUCAUCGAGGUCCUUGUGAAACAUGUAGACAAGAAGUGGAAAAGCAAUGUCGUUGUGGAAAGCAUACGAAGCGAAUGCCAUGUCAUAAACCAUACCUGUGUGAAACUAAGUGUGUUAAAAUGCGAGAUUGUCAGAAGCAUCAGUGCAGGAGAAAGUGUUGCCCUGGGAACUGUCCACCUUGUGAUCAAAAUUGUGGACGGACUUUAGGAUGUAGAAACCAUAAGUGUCCGUCUGUCUGCCACAGAGGCAGUUGCUAUCCAUGUCCAGAAACUGUAGAUGUGAAAUGUAGCUGUGGAAAUGCAAAGGUGACAGUGCCCUGUGGCCGAGAGAGGACCACAAAACCACCCAAAUGCAAAGAGCUGUGCAGUCAACCACCAACAUGUCAUCAUACAAGUCGAGAAAAACACCGAUGUCACUUUGGCCCUUGUCCACCGUGUCAUCAACCUUGCCAAAAAGUUUUGGAGAAAUGUGGUCACUUAUGUCCUGCUUCAUGCCAUGAUCAAGCAUUGAUAAAGCAGACUGGCAGGCAUCAGCCUACAGGUCCUUGGGAGCAGCCUUCUGAGCCCGUAUUUAUUCAGACUGCACUGCCUUGUCCUCCAUGUCAAGUUCCUAUUCCUGUGGAAUGUCUGGGGAAGCAUGAGGUGAGCCCACUGCCAUGCCAUGCUAUAGGACCCUACUCUUGUAAGAGACUUUGUGGAAGAAUAUUGGAUUGUCAGAAUCAUACAUGUAUGAAAGAAUGCCACAAAGUGACUGAAGUUGAUGGUUGCAGUGGCAAAAACAAGGCUGGCACAGAAUGCCUUCAGUGUGAAGAAGGGUGCUCUAAAUCACGGCCUCUGGGCUGUCCUCAUCCCUGUGUUUUGCCAUGUCACCCUGGAGAAUGUCCUCCUUGUGUUCAGAUGCUUAGAAUAAAAUGUCACUGCAAGAUCACAAGCCUGUAUGUGGAAUGUAGAAAAAUAACCUCAGCUGAUAUAAAUGAAAAGAACCUCCUCAGUUGUUGCAGAAAUCAGUGCCCUAAAGAGCUUCCUUGUGGUCAUAGAUGCAAAGAGAUGUGUCAUCCUGGUGAAUGUCCCUUUAAUUGUAACCAGAAGGUAAAGCUUAGGUGCCCUUGUAAAAGAAUAAAAAAGGAAUUGCAAUGCAGUAAAGUACGUGAAAAUCAAGUUUCAGUGGAAUGUGAUACAACAUGCAAGGAAAUGAAGCGGAAAGCAUCUGAGAUAAAGGAAGCAGAAGCCAAAGCUGCUUUGGAAGAGGAAAAACGAAGACAACAGGCUGAACUGGAGGCUUUUGAAAACCGACUGAAAGGUCGUCGGAAGAAGACCAGGAGAAGAGAUGAAGUGGCAGUCGAGCUGUCACUGUGGCAAAAGUACAAGUUCUACCUCCUCCCACUGUGUGGGGUUGCGGUGGCUGCGCUUGCAUGGUACAUUGCCCAUGGUGUGGAUUAAUUUUUUUUUUUAUCUUUUAAUAUACCUCAUUGGAGUUAGGUAAUGUUAAUUUUGAAAUACUGGAAAAUGUAGCUUGUCAAACAGGAUGCACAUUCACAGUCCUCUGUGUCCUUGUUGGGACAGAGCAUUAAGCUCUGUCUUAAUUAGUGUAGUCAGCCUGGCCGUGGAGUACUGUCUGACGUGAAAGCACGACUAAAGUUGUACAGUGUUCCAAAGGCUUUGCUGCUGGAAGAGUUACAUGCUUGGUGUUGUGCUUCCUUGUAUUGACUUAUUUGUCUCAUUUAGUAUUUCCAUGUCCAACACUUUUCCCUUUUGUAAAUUCAGAUAAAAUUGAGCCAUAUGUGCAGCAAGAGGAAUUAUUUCUCUAUUUUUUGGGUUACUUAUAGUGUACUUUUCUUGAUCAAGUAACUUUGUACUUAAAGAUUCUCUAAAAGACCUCUUAAAUUCUAAUAUGACUCCUUAUAAUUAGAUUCCAGAUGUUAGUUUAUUAGACAGGAAUUUUUAUUGGUCAUUGAAACAAAUUUCACACAGCAUAUUCCUCAGAAAACAUAUCUGUUUUCAACAAAUGACAGACUAGGUUACUUACAGGAGGCUGUUUUUCUGUGCAAGAAGCUUUUAACUGAAGUUGUCAUGUUUUGUAAAACUUGUAUCUUUUUAAAAUAAUAAAAGGAAAACUAAUAUUUAUGAGCCAUGUGUGCUGAGCACAGGGCUCAUGAGCAUUAUGUA